AUGCCCCGUCCAGUUGUGAACUACCAUAACGAUCUGUCCCGCCUUCAUCAGAGGUUUGGGCUCACUCGUCGCCCUUCUCUUGCUUCGAUUAACGGCCUCUCAGUUGGUCAAGCCAUGCUGCUUCGCACCCUGCUCCUCUCUCUCGUGAACCGUACCCGUCACUCGCACGAUUACCGCAUCUCCGCUGCAACCCAGUUGGAAGUCCUUGCUCUUAUCGACCAGCUAAAGCGCCGCAUCAAUGAAGCCAAUGCCAUUGCUCUGUUCGCCGCCUUCGGUCUGCCUCAUAGCGCGGACGCGACUCAUCUUGCUGCCCUGGAUCUGAUCUCUCUGGAGACCUUCCAUGAUGGCCUUGUUGUUCUCCGCGAGGGAGCGCUCCCAGACCGCCACCUCCUGAACGCCGGUUUCCUUGCAGACCUUCAGCGCGUUUGGGAGGCUUCCUUGACCCUGCUUGAUGCCGAAGGCUCUGUGGUCCCGGCUAAUUGUAUUAAGGUCCAUGACGAGGAUUUUGACAAGGGGCCUUGCAGCACAUUUAGGAUCCGAGAAGCGCUUAACAUCAUGUCUUACGUGAAUCCACUGGCACUCUCUUCCGAUGAAAAGAACAUGCUCUUCAGAGACGCCACCGCCACGCUCUUCAUCGACAUUAAUAAGACGUCGGACUUCUUGUUUGAAUCUCUCGGGCCCUCCGAUGCCGAUGUACCGUACGCCAAAGCUAAAGUCAAAGUGCCUGAAGACAGCCGGUUCAGCAGCAAUUGGGGAGUUAUCGAAUUACUACUUUAUAAGAUCUUUUCCAGAAUCAGCGGAGACGGCAAGAUCUGCAACGCGAAUACAUACUUUCGGAAUGGUCAAGACGGCGUCAGACCCGGGGCAGUACUAAUCCUUGAGGCUCACCGUGUCGGAGAAAGUCUGUUAGAAGCUCAGAUAUCUUAUGCUGAGGGGUCACUGAUCGCUACUGCAUCAGCUAUAUACAGGCCAAUCCAGGUCGAAGGGAAAUGCCUAGCUGCACCUAUUGAUUUCGGUACAACAAAUGCCAAACAGGCUGCAUCUCCAGGUGUGCCUGAGCUCGCCUGA